CUAACUCUCCAAUUUCAAAGCCAUUUCGACGCCAACAGCUUUCUCAAUUUUAGAAAACGUUUUCUUCAUCUUCACAUGACAUUCUCUUUCUCCAUAUAAACCCCUGUUCUCUUCUCUUCCACGUUAAGUAAUUCUCUCUUCAAACCCUAAAGCUCUUGGUUAUACUGGAUAUGGCGUCUGGAUCAUCUGGUCGAGCGGGGUCCGGUUCGAAGGGGUUUGAUUUCGCGUCCGAUGAUAUUCUGUGUUCGUACGACGAGUUUUCCAAUCAGGAGAGCUCUAAUGGGACUCACUCCGAUCCCGCUUCUGGAAAGGAUUUUCAUAAAGCCAGAAUGUCGAGAUCAUCACUUUUUCCUGCUAGUAAUGUCUAUGGUCAGCACGAAGAAUCAUCACUCAACCAGGAGAUGAUUUCUACUGUUGAAAAAACUGUGAAAAAAUAUGCUGAUAAUCUCAUGCGUUUUCUCGAAGGAAUUAGCUCACGCUUAUCACAGUUGGAAUUGUAUUGCUACAAUCUUGACAAGUCAAUUGGAGAAAUGCGAUCUGAUUUAGUUCGUGAUCAUGGGGAGGCAGACUCGAAGCUCAAAUCUCUUGAUAAGCAUAUUCAAGAAGUCCACAGGUCAGUGCAGAUCCUGAGAGACAAACAAGAACUUGCUGAUGCUCAGAAAGAACUAGCCAAGCUUCAACUUGUGCAGAAAGAAUCCUCUACGUCAAGUCAUUCCCAAAACGAGGAGAGAGCUGCAACACCUGCAUCUGAUCCCAAAAAGCCUGACAAAAUGUCAGAUGUGCAUAACCAGCAAUUGGCUCUUGCCUUACCUCAUCAAGUAGCCCCACAGCCUGCACUCUCCACCAGACCUGUGGAGCAGCAACAGCCUGUGGCAGCACCCACACAAAGCCCACCACAGAAUAUUACCCAACCGCCAUCUUAUUACUUGCCUUCAACCCAGUUACCAAAUGCAACUGCCCAAACCCAACACCCUCAGAGUCAAUAUCUGCCAUCUGAUCCUCAAUACCGGACACAGCAACUGCAGGACAUCCCUAGGGUGGCACCACAGCCAGCACAAUCUCAGGUGAAUCAAGCACCCCAAGUCCCUUCUUUUCCUCAGUACCAGCAGCAAUGGCCUCAGCAGAUGACUCAGCAAAUGCCACAGCAGAUGCCUCAGCAGGUGCAGAUGCCUCAACAACCAUCUAUGCAACCUCAGAUCCGACCCCCAACAACAACAGUGUACCCUCCCUACUCUGCACCAGCCCAACCAACAAAUGCCUCUCCUCCAGAGACGCUCCCAAGCAGCAUGCCAAUGCAAAUGUCUUUUUCUGGAAUUUCUCAACCAGGAGCCAGCCGUGCUGAUACCUUGCCCUAUGGGUACGGUGCAGCUGGUAGACCAGUUCCACAGCAGCCUCCACCCCAGCAUAUCAAGGGAACUUUUGGCACGCAGCCUGGUGAUGCAUAUGCAGCUUCUGGGCCUCACCCUGCACUCCACCCUGGAAAUGCAUAUAUGAUGUAUGACAAUGAAGCAAGGGCACAUCAUCCACCACAACCACCUCACUUCCCACAAGGUGUUUACCCUCCAGUAAGUGUCUCUUCUCAGAAUCCACAGCCAACUGUAGGUAGUAAUCUUAUGGUUCGGAAUUCAGGCCAGCCGCCACCUCGCAACCAUCCCUAUAAUGAGUGGAUUGAGAAACUGAUGAACAUGGGUUAUAGGGGUGAUCAUGUUGUAAAUGUGAUCCAAAGGAUGGAGGAGAGUGGACAGCCCAUAGAUUUCAACUCUCUGCUUGACAGGUUGAAUGCAAAUCCUUCUGGGGCCUCUCAGAGAGGCUGGUCAGGGUAAGCAAUAAUUGUUGCGUGUCCUAACUCAUCCAAUUGAAGCAACAUUGAUGGCGUGUUUUUUAGUCUAUCGUACUUCUGAAUAAGGGUGGUUUUAAAUGUACUCUGUGUUUUGGUAUAUAUGGAUCAAGAGACAAAGAUAAUUGUAUAUCUGUGACCUCAUUCAAAUGCGUGGGCAAUUGGUUGUUUUUACACCAUGCUUUCAUGUCUAGCAAUAGAGACUUGUGCUGAUAUUUCAGGAAUCA